AGCGUCACUGACUAUUGGGAGACCAAGCCCUACUACAGCAGCCGCAACAACCGCGACCCCGACCUCGACCCGCCAUGCAGCCGCAGCCGCAGGGCUUCCUCGUCGCUGCUGGAAUGCCGCCGUCGCAGGGAUCCGGGUGUCCCGUCUCGGCGGAGGUGGCGCGGACGCGCGCUGCGGAACAGAUGGCAUUUGAAGACGCGUGGAAGGCCCUAAACCCGGACUUCAGGACGCCCUUCGCCUCCGUCGAGGACGCCGUCAGCAGGCUGCUGCCCUACCACGUAUUCGCAGAGUAUGAAGAGAACGACGACGUAGACGAGCCCAUCAGUGGCGGCACCAGCAGCAUCUCCACCACAACAGACAAGUCAAGCGCCCAGAAUUGGGAGGAUGGCAUGGGAACUCAGCUGGAAGGCUUUUUCGAGCACUUCGAGAAGCAGGUGCUGACCUUCAACGUCAUGACUCAGCAACAUGCGGCAGGACUCAACCGCGCCGAGGAACAGCUCAUUCUUGGGAUGUCUAUGGUGGAAGACGAGCGGCGGCAGUUGGAGCGCCUCCGCGCGGCCGUUUCGCAGCACCAGCAGCAGGAGGCCGCGCGCGCGCGUCUUGCGUUGGUGCAGGCGCAAGCACAGGCGCAGGCGCAGGCGCAGGCCGCGGGCGGGUGGCAUGCGUUCGUGGCUGUGGGACGCGGCGAAGGUGCCUCCCGCGGGCAGGCCGUGGCGAUGCAGCAGCAGGAGACGAUGAUGACCCCGGGCGCCUGGCAGGCGCUCACCGCAGCGGCGUCGCGCGGCGAGGGUGGUUCCAAUGAGCAGGCUCUGAUACAGGCCGUGAUGGUGCAGAACAUGCAGCGGCAGAGGCAGCAGGAGAUGAUGGCAGCGGCGCCACGCGGAGUGGGUGCAACCUGCGGGCAGGCGCUGCCACCGGCCAUGGUAACACAGCUAAUGCAGCAACAUAACCAGCAGGAGGAGGACAUGAUGACGGCGGCGUUUCGCGGCGACGUGCGCCCCGGCGAGCAGGCGCUAGCGUCGGCCGUGAUGAUGCGGCAGCUGCAUCUGCUGCAGCAACAACAGCACCAGCAGGAGGUGAUGGCGGCCGACGGGUGGCAACUGGGCGGGCGGCAGACAUACGCAGCGCCUCGCGGUGACGGCAGCUCGAGCUCUCACGCGGCGUUGCCUCCUGCGAUGCUGCAGCUGCAGCAGCCAGGCCCAGGACAGGGGCAGGCCAGCGUCGCUGGGAGUGGGAUGGCGCUGCCGUGGCAUGGGAUCGCCGAGGGAAGGGAACAGUAGUGUUGAUGGGGCUUUGCCUGAUUGGUCCGAGAAAACCAGUUCUGCGGUCGUGCCGCUUGCGUCUAUGGGAACAUUGGGAUCAACAAUACCUAAAGACCGUAGUGUCGUAAUGCUCAUGUGAAUUAAAGCUUAACUAUAAUCAAAGCGUAACUAUUUUUCG